AUGGCAGCAGAGAUAAAACCCGCACCGGGAGUAAAUCAUGAUAAAUUUAGCACAAGCCGAAAACCUAUACUUUUAUCGAAAUUAGAAGGAUGCAAUGACGAUGUUAAUGCGGCUAUCAUUAUACCGCGGGAAGAUGGUGUAAUUAGUGUUUGCGAUGACAGGACUGUUAGAGUGUGGUUGAAGCGGGAUUCUGGCCAAUAUUGGCCAAGUGUCUGUCAAUACAUGGCUGCUGGUGCAACAUCGAUGCACUAUUGUGUACAAACUAGACAAUUAUUUGUUGGUUUGGAAAAUGGAACUAUAAAUGUAUGUAUUGAAAUAGGUUUCUCUAAAGAAGAAAUAAUAUUUUCUUUAUCUAUUUUCAUUACUUUACAGGAAUUCAUUUUGGAGCAAGAUUAUAAUCAAAUGACUGCCAUGCGUGAAUAUGCUGCGCAUCAAGCAAGAGUUACAGGUGUUAUAUUUGCACCAAAUUGUGAAUGGGUUUUAAGCAUUGGUCGAGAUAAGGUAUUUCAAUUACAUUGUUCAGAAACAGGGCAAAAAUUGGGAUCUUAUCAGACAGAUGCAUGGUAUACUGCUCUACAAUUUGACGCACAAUCAAAACAUGCUUUUGUUGGUGAUUAUUCUGGACAAAUAGCAAUGUUGAAAUUAGAUACUAACGGCGUUACACUAAUCACCACUUUAAAAGCACAUACAGGAAGCAUUCAUACAUUAGCUUGGGAUUCUGAAAAGCAACUUUUGUUUUCUGGAAGUUUUGAUCAAAGUAUAAUAGUAUGGGACAUUGGAGGUCGGCAAGGUACAGCGUAUGAACUUCAAGGACAUCACAACAAAGUAACUGCGCUGUGCUAUGCAAGCGCAGAACGUAUAUUAUUAUCUGGAGGAGAAGAUGGUGUAAUAGUAUGCUGGGACAUGGGUGCUAACAGAAAAGAAACUGCAGCUUGGGUAGAAUCAGAUACGUGCCAGGCCUGUGGAAGACCAUUCUUUUGGAAUAUUAAAGCAAUGAUGGAUCAACGACAACUAGGUUUGAGACAGCAUCAUUGCCGUCAUUGUGGCCGUGCAUUAUGCGCACGAUGCACAUCCCAACGAAUACCAAUACCAGCAAUGGGUUUUGAAUUUGAAGUUAGAGUGUGCGAUCAGUGUCAUAUUCAACUUAAAGCUGCAAACCAAACGUCUCUAGCAUCAUUCCAUGACGCAAAGCAUAACGUCGUUGGAAUGGAUCUGGAUGCUUCUAGACGAAGAUUAUUAACUAUUGGUCAAGAUCGUCUCAUUAAGAUUUGGGAUAUUUCUGCACUUCUUCAGUGA